GUUUGCGUGAACAUACGAAACAAAAAACUUUGUGAGAUCUUAAUUUUUUGUAGGAUGAAAGCUACCUGCGAAGACAUCUUACUACACUAUCUCCAUCCCAACGAGUUUGUUGACUCCCCUGAAUGGGAAGGAUGUUCCUUGGACAGUGGUAAACUAUAUCAGGUUACUCUCACGGCAGUAGAACCUUGUCGUUAUAUAUGUUGGCCGAGGAGAGACCUUGAGCAGUUUUUAAAUGUCAAUCCCUUCAUGAGGGUAAUUCUUCACAAUCUUAUAGGAAAAGACAUAACGAAGAAACUAUAUUCACUUAAUGAAUUUCAUCAACCCUCGGAAAGACAAGCUCCGACUUCUUCUGCGUCCGAUUGGUGGCGCUACCAGAUUCCCAGAAGCCUUAGCGUGGAUGCUGUUCAUACGGGAACUAAAGGACACGUAAGAUCGCUUUUAUGGAAGGCACGUGACCAUCGAGAACGCGCAGCUCCGUCUGAUAACAUAGGAUCAUCACCAGCACACAUACCCUGCCACUUUGCACACUAUUCUGACCCUGGUCCAUUCCACAAUCUGUCUCGGCCAUCUCCGGCCAAAACUGCUGCGCGAGCUUCUGCCGCCUGGCACUUUCCCUCGCAUGAAUCAUCAUCAUCCUCUUCUACUUCUUCCUCCAGCUUUCGAACUACGGCUCGCCACGUUCCAGGUCACGUGUCAUUUGAGACAUCAGUGUAGUACACGUGGAUUUCCCUCCAGCACGAUUCACUAGGACUUUUGAUAUGUUAUAGAAGAGCGUAUAAAACAGUUGAUAUAUCUUCUGUUGUAAUUAGUGUGUGACAAACUUUAU